GAGAGAGAGAGAGAGAGAGAGAGAGAGAGGAGGGGGGGAUUGCGAGAUCGGGGCGAUGUCCCGUCGCAUGGCGAUCCUCUCGCGGCGGAGCUCGUCGUCGUGGCCCUUCUCCUCCUUCUCCGGCGGCCUCUCCGGCGAGCCCAGGAUCUCUCCGGCGGAGGCGGAGGCGGAGGCGGUGGCGGAGGAGGCGGCGGAGGACGAGGGGCGGUGGUCGCGGAUGAUCCCGGAGCUGUUGGCGGAGAUCGUGAGGAGGGUGGAGGCGGGCGCCGAGCGGUGGCCGGCGCGCAAGGACGUGGUCUCGUGCGCCUGCGUGUGUCGUCGGUGGCGCGAGGUCGCCAAGGGCGUCGUCCGCCCCCCGGCGGAGUGCGGGAAGAUCACUUUCCCUUCCUCUCUCAAGCAGCCGGGGCCGAGGGAUUUCCCUAUACAAUGCUUUAUCAAGAGGAACAAGAGGAACUCGACGUUCUAUCUGUAUCUCGGCUUGACGCAGUCAUUCAUUGACAAAGGGAAGUUUCUACUGGCAGCUCGAAGGUCUAGACAUGGCGCUCAUACAGAGUAUAUUAUCUCUCUUGAUGCUGAUGACCUGUCCCAAGGAAGCAGUGCAUAUAUGGGAAAACUGAGAUCUGAUUUCUUGGGUACAAAGUUCGCAAUAUACGACACUCAGCCCCCCCAUAAUGAUUUUAAGGCAUCAUUAUGCAGCAGCCAAUCCAGCCGCUGGUUUGGGAGCAAGCGGAUCAGUCCCCAGCUCCCUCCUGGCGGCUACUUUGAAGUCGGCCAGGUCUCGUACAAACUCAACCUUCUUAAAUCCCGAGGACCAAGAAGAAUGCAUUGCGCUCUGGAGUGUGCUUCCUCUCAAGAAACCCUAGAAGAAGGAGAAGAAGAAGAUCCUUUCAAAUCGAAGUCGUUAAACUUUGCAGGUCCCACCGUGCUGAGGAACAAGGCGCCUAGGUGGCACGAGCACCUGCAGUGCUGGUGCCUUAACUUCCACGGCCGCGUUACAGUCGCAUCCGUGAAGAAUUUCCAGUUGGUGGCAGCGGUGGGGGAUGAGGAGACGGUGCUGCUGCAGUUUGGGAAGGUCGGGGAUGAUACGUUCACCAUGGAUUACCGGCAUCCGCUCUCGGCCUUUCAAGCAUUCGCGAUCUGCCUCACUAGCUUCGGUACAAAGCUUGCUUGUGAAUAGUAAUUGCUCGCUCAGUCUUUGUUGGGGUUACAGAUAUUAACGGCGCUACUCUUACUAGAGACAGGAGAUACAUAAUAAGAUUCUAGUCAAAUUCCAUCAAUGAAUGGUCAUUAGAAUCGGCGUAUAUCUUUCUGUCGAUAGUAAAGUCUACUUUGUUAAUAUCAACACACUCCCCCUUUUGGAUAUUUAUAUUUCUUUCUGUUGUUGUGGCAUCUUCUUGUGCAAAGGAUUUGUAGGUGAUUCUCAUUUUCCUUUUUUUUUUUCCUUUCUCCCUCCUUUUAACUGAACAAGAUGCAGCUUACUGUAUAAUUAAUGUAGCAAUUUGAUUGUGUAAUCAAAGUUCUUCGCUUCGAAAGCAAUAUUAUAUUCUGCUUU